UUAAUCAGUCCUUGAACGAGAUGUGCACAAACACAUCCCAAGCAUGCGGGCAUUAGUCAAGUGAUAAAAUUAGAUUAAUUUCUCAGAAACACCGUUGGAAAACAUUGUCUCAUAAGAAAACAUCCCGCAAUUUCACAGCCUAUUAGAGUUUUGGCACCGGUGCAAACCGCCGUUUGAACUGAAACAUUCAUUCAGUUUAAUCAUGAAAAAAACCGAUACAGUUUGCUCGUGUUGUCUAAUAAUAGUGCGAGAUUCACGGCCGGCGGGUCGCGACGAAAAUAUGAGCAUUGCGCGCGAGUGACAACGCGCGCCGACUGAUGCUGGCUGCAGCGCAGUGUCUAUGGAUUCACUUCAUCUGCUGUAUGGAAAACAGGAUUUGCGAUCAUUUUUCGCGCCAUUUGCUGGUUUCUGGAGUUGUUUUAAGUCUGGCUAUGAGCAUGGAGCGCCGCUCCUACUCCGGACCCUCCACUCCGCCGCCCGUCAGCAAGCGGCUCUUCGCGACGGUCGUACUGUUUAUAGGAGUCAUCUGUGUUUUCGGAGGGUACCUUCUAGGGCGAAUGGCACGCGUGGAGCCGCGCCAUGCCGGCGCCAUCGUCUCCGCCAACCUGUCCCUGGUUGCUGAUCAGCUCUACAAGAAAGCCAAGAGGAUCCCGCCAAAAGCCGUCCACCAUAACGACCCCGAAAAAAUAAGGAUCAAACUCCACGAAAUAUUCCAAUGUAAUCAAAACGAUUGCGGCUCUAUCAAUAAUUACAAUUUAAGUGAUUAUUUAAGAAACUCUAUAAAUUACCAAAUGAUUAAACUGAUGAAAUCAAUACACAAUGCGACCACUUAUUUAGAUUCGUUAAGAUGACAUUAACUAAAAUAAUUUAGAUUUUAUUGUAUAGUUGUUAAGAUGUAAAAAUAAAUCAGUUGUUAAGAUGUAUAAAUAAUCGAAAAUGUCGGAAGAUAAAGUUAGUAUAGUCAUGAAAUAAAUUAUUUUCCUACAUUAUCUCCAAAACCUUUUCAUU